AUGGAAGGUCAAGCAUCGGACGAGCAUAUCGACUUCAACGAAGAGUGGCUUGACUGCCUUCGAGCAAACGAACUUGGUGAAGCGGUGGAUUUGCUCAAACAAAGGCUAGUCACAAACCUUAACGUAUUAGACAUCAAUGGAAAUGGAGCACUCCAUUACUGUUGUGCUAAUAAUCUUACGGAAGCGAUGGCGUUCUUGCUAAAAGAAUGCAAACUAGACUAUUGCUCACCGAACAGAAGUGGUAACACACCGUUACAGUGGGCCGUCCAGACCAAUAGUACCGACGCUGUGAAGCAGUUACUGCUACAUGACUACAACGUUCACAAAGAGGAAUAUGAAAUGCAGGAGGGGUCGGAAUAUUACAGCACUUUGGAACCAGUGGAGGUUAGGGACGAAUUCAAAUUGGAUGAAGAUACCAAGCGUUAUUACAAUAUUUUGGAAUACGCAGUAACAUACCCUGAAAAUAGCAGAAUCAGCAUUGUGACACCAAAUAAGUUCGGAAAAACUAUACUUGCCGAUGCGUUUAAUGCAAAGGAUCAGAAUAUACUACACGCAUUAUUGGAACAUCCCGCGGCAUCAGUGCUCGACCAGCCACCAGACACAACGGAGCCAGAAGUGCCUGUAGAACGUGUAGUGGUCAACGGUGUAAAUGGUGUUGUUCACUCGUUCCAAUUCGGAGCUGAAGCCGAGGGAAAUGGGCAACCAGUUGUUAAAGCAAGGGAGUUAGAGAUCAAGAAUGAUCAGAUUUUAAAUGCUAAUACUGCUGAAAUGGAUCACACAGGUGAAGUUAUCUGGGAAACUGACCUCGUAGCUGCCCAGUGGUUAAGUUCCUUAGCCCGUCAUGGUAAAUUCCAAGGUAAAAGUGUUAUACAGUUGGGAUCUGGUUGUGGCUUAUCUGCAAUAGCAAUGUACAUCAAUGCCUCGGUUUGUGGAAAGACCCCGAAAUCGCUGAUGUUCACCGAUGUAUGCGAAUGGACUAUCGCUAACCUAAGGUUCAAUGUAGAACUAAAUAACCUCAAUGCAAUAGACGGGGUCGACAUACGCUCGUUGGACUGGACAAAACAACACACAUGGCCAAGGGAUAUGAACGGCGCUAUACAGACAUUCGAUAUCGUAAUAGGAAGUGACCUUGUGUAUGAUGCCAAACUCGUUUCACCACUCACGGUGGUGGUACAGGCACUGUUAGACAAACAAUAUGGAGAACUGUUCUAUGCCUUUAGACAAGCUAGGCAAGGAUCGGACCUCUUCCCUGAAGCGUAA